AUCUGUGGAACAAUGAGAGAUGAGAACUCCAAGAAAAGCAAGCUUUCAUGGCCCAAGUCACUGGUCAAGAAGUUGUUCAAUAUCAAGAGCAAAUCCCAGGACUUCCAAGCAGAUGAAGUCUUUUAUGGAGGUGGUGAUGAAGAUUGGAGGCACUUCUCAGAGAGGGAAGCAUGCACAAUCAAGAAAAGCAAAGCAGAUAGAGUGAGCAGGAGAUAUUCAGAUAGGGUUCGACUAGGAAAGAUUGACCUAGAUACAUCUCAAGUUACAGAUGUGAAUAAUUAUAGGAUUUUUGCAGCUACCUGGAAUGUGGCUGGAAAAUCCCCACCGAGUUAUUUGAGUCUUCAAGAUUGGCUUCACACCUCUCCUCCAGCUGAUAUUUAUGUCCUUGGGUUUCAAGAGAUAGUUCCUUUAAAUGCUGGGAAUGUUUUGGGCACCGAAGACAAUGGCCCAGCUAGAAAAUGGCUUGCUCUUAUCAGGAAGACUCUGAAUAGUCUUCCUGGAACUAGUGGUGGUUGCUGCCAUACACCUUCACCGAUUCCUGAUCCAAUUGUGGAAUCAGAUGCAGACUUUGAGGGUUCGACAAGGCAGAAGACCUCAUCUUUCUUCAACCGUCAAUCAUUCCAGUCCUUAAACCGUAGCUUGAGAAUGGAUAAUGAAAUGUCAGUUCCCCAAGCCCGACUUGAUCAACGGUUCAGUGUUUGUGAUUGGGCUAUGUUUGGGCAUAGCCCUAGUGAUCAUGAUCCCAACUUCAGGUGGGGUUCCUCUGAUGAUGAAAAUGGGCCUGGAGAUUCACCUGGUAUUGCAAACUAUUCACCAAAUGCCUACCAUGGAUUGUUUUCAUUGGAAGAGGGAGAUCGGCAAGGGCACUCAAGGUACUGUUUAGUUGCCAGUAAGCAGAUGGUAGGGAUAUUUCUCACGGUGUGGGUAAAAAGUGAUAUUCGAGAUUCUGUUCGGAACAUGAAAGUGUCUUGUGUGGGCAGAGGAUUGAUGGGUUAUCUUGGCAACAAGGGUUCAAUUUCGAUUAGUAUGUCUUUGCACCAAACAAGCUUUUGCUUCAUCUGCAGCCAUUUGACCUCUGGGCAGAAAGAGGGAGAUGAGCUACGAAGAAAUUCUGACAUCAUGGAGAUCCUUAGGAAAACAAGAUUCCCUAGGGUUCAUGGGAUGGGAGAUGAAAAUUCUCCGCAAACAAUCCUAGAGCAUGACCGACUCAUUUGGCUAGGGGAUUUGAAUUAUCGUAUUGCUCUCUCUUACCAUACUGUAAAGGCUCUUGUAGAGAUGCGUAACUGGAAGGCAUUGUUGGAGAAUGACCAGCUUCGCAUAGAACAGAGAAAGGGGCAUGUCCUCGAGGGAUGGAAUGAGGGGACGAUAUAUUUUCCUCCAACUUACAAGUAUUCGAAUAAUUCAGACAGAUAUGCUGGAUAUGAUAGGCAACCAAAGGAGAAGCGAAGAACUCCUGCAUGGUGCGAUCGUAUAUUAUGGUAUGGAAGAGGCCUGAAUCAGCUAUCUUAUGUUCGUGGGGAGUCAAGGUUCUCAGAUCAUAGACCUGUUUAUAGCAUAUUCUUAGCUGAGGUGGAAUCUAUAAAUCGUAGUCGAAUCAGGAAGAGCAUGAGUUGUUCAAGGAUUGAGGUAGAAGAGCUGCUGCCAUAUGCACAUGGAUAUACUGAAAUGAAUUUCUUCUGAGGACAAUCUCUUAAUUCUCCACAUUUCGGAAUGCUCAACCCAAGAAAAUUGAAAGCAGGAGCCCCCGUGCUUCUAUCCAAGGAUUCACUAAAGAGAAGAUCCUGUUAACGAAAUACAUAUGCAUUCCCCGGCUUAACAAGAUGGCUAUUGCUGCAGCAACUUUUUUUUGUUUGGAUUGUGAUAGAGACAUUGUGUUGCCCACAACCCAAAUCAAGGUUGCCAUUGCACUUUCUUUCGCUUUCUCGAUUUCACCUUCCCUCGUAACAGAUUGUGUGAAGUUUGUCUGUGAUUAACCGACUCCAAAAGCUCGUCGCUUGCAUAUUUUCAUCAUCAGUUGUCCAACCAUUAAUUCCCUGUACAUGCAUCUUGUUACUGAGGAUAUUUUGACCGACUCUGGAAGCUGUUCAUUGUCUAACUUGCUAACAAUUAAGUUCAUAGAACUCUAGAAGAGAAAAUACAUGUAAGUGGGAUGUAUAGCAAAGCACAAGAAAAUCCACAACAGAGUGAUUUUUAUUUGACAUUGCUUUUUGUAUAGUCCCACUUUAUUCUUUUUAACCGAAGAACCACCCAUCUCAACAUACCCUUUGUAUAGAUGAGUGGACGUAAACCUCAUGCAGUUAGAACGUCUCACACCAAUUGACGACAUGUGAGAUUGGGUCGAUCCAUGUAGGUAAGGGUAUGGAAGUGGGACUAGAAAAUAUGCUAGCUGAUUAGUUUGAACUCCCAACCUCAGGCACCGGAUGCCCUAAGCCUAGAAAAAUAACCAACU